GGCUAGGAAGAAUCCAAAACCCUAUAACGUUGAAAUAAUGUCCCAUCAAGAUUUUAAAUCAUGGGAUUCAAUUUCUGAAACAUAUUUGAAAAACAAUUUAGUAGGUAAAAUAAGUAAAAUUAAGAUUGUCAAAUUAAAAAAAAAUGACUUAUCCAACAUUUUUGUUAAAUUCAGUAUGGAUAAUACAGCAGAAACUGAAAAAAUUGAAGUGUUGGGUAAAAAUAAGCGGCCAGCAGAUGAUUUAUACAAAAAUCAUCUUCCUAUACACAAACAAAAACACGCUGAUUUGGUAAAACUUUUGCAAUCCCGCGUAGAUAUCAUGAGGAGUACCUUAGUUUGCAAACUUGCAAUGCCAAAUAAAUAUUACCAGAUACUAAUAUAGAAGAUGUUGAAAAUUGUAUUUUUAAUUUUUUUAAUGUCUUGGAUUUAUUUCCGAAGUGUGAUUAUUUAAAUAUAAGAUUAGUAUUAAAGAAGUUGUUGAAUAUUGAUUUUUUAUGUAACUUAAUGUCUUGGAUCUUUUCAAAAGUGAGAUUAUAUUUUAUACUUAUAAGAUCAAUACUCCUCAGAUACAGAAGAUGUUGAAAUUUUAUGUUAUCUAAUAUCUUGGAUAUUUUUCCAAAGUGUGAUUAUUUUUAAUUUUGUAUUUGAUUAGUAUAAGUCUAAGUACAAGUACCUAAACCUAUUAAAUUGUGAUAUCUGAUCUCUAGGUAUACUUAAAAGUAUUGUCUUUCCAUUUUUUAAGACAUAUAUUUUUGUGUAUUUUAGUUUUACCCGUAACUUCCAUUAG